CGUUGUUUCAGUAGUACGAACGCUCGAAAUGGACUUAUUUGAUCACAUAUGGUUAAAUCGUAAUUUAUGGGCACUAGUUUUCUUGGCGGAGGUGCAGAGCUUUGGGCUGAGGAGUGUUCUAGGGGGUUGCUGAAUGGGAGCAGUCAUUGGAUUCGUGUGACAUCAACGCAAGCCUCCCAGACUUUCCCUGCUCAUCAUAAUUUAGUUUUGGGACGUAUAGGGCACGUACAGUGAAAGCCCACAUACAUUCAUUUGAGUGUCCCCCUCCCCUUUCCUCCAUUGCGGAUUCUCCAGACAGAAAGCCGCAAGAAUGGCUCAAAUACUGCCGAUACGUUUUCAGGAACAUCUGCAGCUGCAGAACCUUGGGGUGAACCCGGCCAACAUCGGGUUCAGCUACCUGACCAUGGAGUCUGACAAGUUCAUCUGCAUCAGGGAGAAAGUGGGUGAUCAGAACCAGGUGGUGAUCGUGGACAUGUCCGACCCGACGAACCCCAUCAGGAGACCCAUCUCUGCUGACAGUGCCAUCAUGAACCCAGCCAGCAAGGUCAUCGCCCUCAAAGCCGCCAAGACCCUGCAGAUCUUCAACAUCGAGAUGAAGAGCAAGGUGAAGGCCCACAACAUGACUGAGGAGGUCAUGUUCUGGAAGUGGAUUUCCGUGAACACCGUCGCCUUGGUGACCGAGGCCACUGUCUACCACUGGAGCAUGGAGGGGGACUCGCAGCCCAUCAAAGUGUUUGAUCGUCACGCCAGCCUCGCCGGAUGUCAGAUCAUCAACUACAGAACUGACGAGCAACAGAAGUGGCUGCUGCUGAUCGGAAUCUCUGCACAGCAAAACCGUGUGGUGGGGGCCAUGCAGCUGUACUCCGUGGACAGGAAGGUGUCUCAGCCCAUUGAGGGUCAUGCCGCAGCGUUCGGGGAGUUCAAGGUGGAGGGAAACACCACCGCCUCCACCCUCUUCUGUUUUGCUGUGCGCUCCCAGGCGGGCGGGAAGUUGCAUAUCAUCGAGGUGGGUCAACCGGCAACAGGCAACCAACCGUUUGCCAAGAAAGCGGUGGACGUCUUCUUCCCACCGGAGGCCCAGACAGACUUCCCCGUAGCUAUGCAGAUCGGUACGAAGCACGGGGUGAUCUACCUGAUCACCAAGUACGGGUACAUCCACUUGUACGACCUCGAGUCCGGCGUCUGCAUCUACAUGAACCGCAUCAGUGCCGAGACCAUCUUUGUGACCGCGCCCCAUGAGCCCACCUCCGGGAUCAUUGGGGUCAACAAGAAGGGGCAGGUGUUGUCUGUGUGUGUGGAAGAAGAGAAUAUAGUCAACUAUGCGACCAACGUUUUGCAAAACCCAGACCUGGGCUUGAGGAUGGCUGUGAGGUCAAACCUAGCCGGAGCCGAGGAGCUGUUUGCCAGGAAGUUCAACACUCUGUUCGCACAGGGAAGCUACUCUGAGUCUGCUAAAGUCGCUGCCUCUGCCCCUAAGGGGGUGCUGCGGACCGCAGAGACCAUCAGGAAGUUCCAGGGGGUACCGGCCCAGCCCGGCCAGGCCUCGCCCCUGCUCCAGUACUUUGGCAUCCUCCUGGACCAGGGCCAGCUCAACAAGUUUGAGUCUCUGGAGCUGUGCAGGCCCGUGCUCCAGCAGGGACGCAAGCAGCUGCUGGAGAAGUGGCUCAAGGAGGAUAAGCUUGAAUGUUCAGAGGAGCUUGGGGACCUGGUGAAGGCUUCAGACCCCACCCUGGCCCUCAGUGUGUACCUCAGAGCCAACGUCCCCAAUAAAGUCAUCCAAUGCUUCGCUGAGACUGGACAGUUCCAGAAAAUAGUGCUGUAUGCUAAAAAGGUGGGCUACACACCGGACUGGAUCUUCCUGCUGAGGAACGUGAUGCGGGUUAGCCCAGACCAAGGGCUGCAGUUUGCCCAGAUGUUGGUCCAGGAUGAGGAGCCCCUGGCUAACAUCAACCAGAUAGUGGACGUGUUCGUGGAGGGCAGUCUGAUCCAGCAGUGCACCUCUUUCCUGCUGGACUCCUUGAAGAACAACCGCCCCGCCGAGGGCCACCUGCAGACGCGCCUGCUGGAGAUGAACCUCAUACACGCCCCUCAGGUGGCAGAUGCAAUCCUCGGGAACCAGAUGUUCACUCACUACGACCGGCCCCACGUGGCCCAGCUGUGCGAGAAGGCAGGCCUCCUGCAGAGGGCGCUGGAGCACUUCACCGACCUGUACGACAUCAAGCGGGCCGUGGUGCACACGCACCUGCUCAACCCCGAGUGGCUGGUGAACUUCUUCGGCUCGCUCUCGGUGGAGGACUCGGUGGAGUGUCUGCGGGCGAUGCUCUCCGCUAACAUCCGGCAGAACCUGCAGCUCUGCGUCCAGGUGGCGUCCAAGUACCACGAGCAGCUGGGCACCCAGACCCUGGUGGAGCUCUUUGAGUCCUUCAAGAGCUACGAGGGCUUGUUUUACUUUUUGGGGUCGAUUGUAAACUUCAGCCAAGAACAGGAUGUUCAUUUUAAGUACAUCCAGGCUGCUUGUAAGACCGGCCAAAUCAAAGAGGUUGAGAGGAUCUGCAGAGAGAGCAACUGCUAUGAUCCAGAAAGGGUCAAAAACUUCCUCAAGGAGGCUAAGCUCACAGACCAGCUCCCCCUGAUCAUCGUGUGUGAUCGCUUCGACUUCGUCCAUGAUUUGGUUCUCUACCUCUACCGCAACAGCCUGCAGAAGUACAUCGAGAUCUACGUACAGAAGGUGAACCCCAGCCGUCUGCCAGUGGUGAUCGGGGGGCUGCUGGACGUGGACUGUGCCGAGGAUGUCAUCAAGAACCUGAUUAUGGUGGUGCGAGGCCAGUUCUCCACCGACGAAUUGGUGGAAGAGGUGGAGAAGAGGAACAGGUUAAAGCUGCUGUUGCCUUGGCUGGAGUCUCGCAUUCAUGACGGUUGCGAGGAGCCCGCUACCCACAAUGCCUUGGCAAAGAUCUACAUCGACAGCAACAACACCCCCGAACGCUUCCUGAAGGAGAACCCGUUCUAUGACAGCGCUGUGGUGGGCCGCUACUGUGAGAAGAGGGACCCCCACCUGGCCUGCGUGGCCUACGAGAGGGGCCAGUGUGACCUGGACCUCAUCAAGGUUUGCAACGAGAACUCCUUGUUCAAGAGUGAAGCGCGCUACCUUGUGCGACGGAAAGAUCCUGAACUAUGGGCCACCGUCCUGGAGGAGAGCAGUCCCUACAGGAGACAGCUCAUCGACCAGGUGGUACAGACCGCUCUGUCUGAGACCCAGGACCCGGAGGAGGUGUCCGUCACGGUCAAGGCCUUCAUGACAGCCGACCUGCCCAACGAGCUCAUAGAGCUGCUGGAGAAGAUCGUCCUGGAUAACUCUGUCUUCAGUGAGCACAGAAACCUCCAGAAUUUGCUGAUUUUGACGGCGAUCAAGGCCGACCGCACGCGCGUGAUGGAGUACAUCAACCGGCUGGAUAACUACGACGCGCCGGACAUCGCCAACAUCGCCAUCAGCAAUGAGCUCUUCGAGGAGGCCUUCGCCAUCUUCAAGAAGUUUGACGUCAACACCUCGGCCAUACAGGUGCUGAUCGAGCACAUCCAGAACCUGGACCGGGCUUACGAGUUUGCAGAGAACUGCAACGAGCCGGCGGUGUGGAGCCAGCUGGCCACGGCGCAGCUCCACCGGGACCUGGUGAAGGAGGCCAUCGACUCCUACAUCAAGGCCGACGACCCCUCGGCGUACAUGGAGGUGGUCAACGCCGCCAGCAAAAACAAUAACUGGGAAGACUUGGUGAAGUUCCUGCAGAUGGCUCGGAAAAAGGCCAGGGAGUCGUACGUCGAGACGGAGCUCAUCUUCGCGUUGGCCAAGACCAACCGUCUGGCCGAGCUGGAGGAGUUCAUCAGCGGGCCCAACAACGCUCACAUACAGCAGGUGGGCGACAGGUGUUACGAGGAGGGCAUGUACGACGCGGCCAAGCUCCUGUACAACAACGUGUCCAACUUCGCCCGGCUGGCCUCCACGCUGGUGCACCUGGGAGAGUACCAGGCCGCCGUGGACAGCGGCAGGAAAGCCAACAGCACCCGCACCUGGAAGGAGGUGUGCUUUGCGUGCGUGGACGGUGAGGAGUUCCGGCUGGCCCAGAUAUGCGGCCUGCACAUCGUGAUCCACGCCGACGAGCUGGAGGAGCUCAUCAGCUACUACCAGGACCGGGGCUACUUCGAGGAGCUGAUCGCCCUGCUGGAGGCGGCGCUGGGCCUGGAGCGCGCCCACAUGGGCAUGUUCACCGAGCUGGCCAUCCUCUACUCCAAGUUCAAGCCCCAGAAGAUGAGGGAGCACCUGGAGCUCUUCUGGUCUCGGGUCAACAUCCCCAAGGUGCUGCGUGCGGCAGAGCAGGCUCACCUGUGGGCGGAGCUAGUGUUCCUCUACGAUAAGUACGAGGAGUACGACAACGCUGUCCUCACCAUGAUGUCACACCCUACAGACGCAUGGAAAGAGGGUCUUUUCAAAGACACCAUCGCCAAGGUUGCCAACGUGGAGUUGUACUAUAAAUCCCUCUCAUUUUACCUGGACUUCAAGCCCCUGCUCUUAAACGACCUGCUUGCUAUCCUGUCCCCGCGGCUAGACCACAGCCGAGCUGUCACCUUCUUCUCCAAGGUGGACCAGCUGAAGCUGGUGAAGGCGUACCUGAGGUCGGUGCAGAGUCACAACAACAAGGGAGUGAACGAGGCGCUGAAUGACCUGCUGACGGAAGAGGAAGACUUCCAGGGCUUAAGGGCGUCCAUUGACGCGUACGACAACUUUGACACCAUCGGACUGGCACAGAGGUUGGAGAAGCACGAGCUGAUUGAGUUCAGGCGGAUCGCCGCCUACCUCUACAAGGGCAACAACCGCUGGAGACAGAGCGUGGAGCUCUGCAAGAAGGACAAACUCUACAAGGAUGCAAUGCUGUACGCGGCCGAGUCAAAGGAGGCCGAGCUGGCCGAGACUCUCCUCCAGUGGUUCCUGGAGGAAGGAAAGAAGGAGUGCUUCGCCGCCUGCCUGUUCGCAUCCUAUGACCUGCUGCAUCCCGACGUGGUGCUGGAGCUAGCCUGGAGACACCAGAUCAUGGACUUCGCCAUGCCCUAUUUCGUCCAGGUCAUGAGGGAAUACCUCGCUAAGGUUGAUCAGUUUGCUGAGAAGGUGGAUAAGCUGGAGGAGCUGGAGAGCCAAAGGAAAACUGAAGACGAGGUCACUGAGCCCCAGCCAAUCGUGUUCGGUCAACAGCUGAUGCUGACCGGGACCACGCCGGCUGCUGUGACUCCCCAGGCGCCCUACCCAGGCUACGGCUACGCCGCUCCGGGCUUUCCUCCUCAGCCCGCCUACGGCUUCAACAUGUAACAACCUGUCACCUAACCAGUGCCCCCCCCCCCCCCCCUCCCACCCGAACAGCCACCCACCCUCAUGUCACCGCUGUGAGUCUCCCACAUUCCCUGCUAGAUGGAACUGACACGCCACACCUGGGCCCCCCUCUCCCCAUUACAACAUCACACACUUUACUCGACAAUCCUGUUCCCCCCCCCCCCCCCACCACCGCCCUCCCUACACCUCAGUUCCCAUUCCCUGCGAUGGUGGAGCGAGGUCUGAGCUGAGCCGUUGCAGCCAGACAAUAUAAAAAAAAAAAUAAUAAUAAUACAUUAUAAACAAUAACACCGCAUGAUGUCGCCUCUCCGCCCCCCGAGACGGAGGAAGAGGAGAAAAAAUAAAAACAGAAACAACCAUAUACCCAGGAGAGGGUUCAUGAUGUGAACCUCUCUCCCCAUCCGGCUCCCCCCCUGUUCCACAGAGACUUUAUCCCCCCCCGCCCUCCUGUCCCCUUCAUAAGGAAACAGCACUGUUGAGAGACUUGAAUACUGAGCAGCCAGGGGGGGAGGGAGGGAGUGAGUUGGCGGGUGGGUACGGCGGUGUAGCGUCUGUCCCUCUCUCACGGAGCCCGGCGAAGGCCUUCUACUUCCAUGAGGUGGCAAAACUGGGUCAUUCUUUUGUUUGUCGUUUGUAUUCACAACUGCCCUGUGUCUCAGAUCGGACGGCUACUGUGCAAUAGACCUUUUAUUUGUUAUUUUUUUUGUUAUUUUUUUCAUUGUUUCAUUUCCGUUUUGGGAUUGUCUUUCUUUUUUUUGCAAUAGGUACUUUUUUUUUUUUUUUUUUUUUUUUUUUCUCUCUCGUGUGUUUGGAGUGCAACGCAGUGUACGUUCACAGAGGUUUACUGGAACACUAGAGGGGUCUGACGGUCGCUCUACUGUACUGUAUGCGCUGGUGUUGCCUCUGAAGCAGCACUCGUUUGGUUGCGUUGGGGAAAGCGGAGAGACACUUCAUGAGACUCACCCGCUCACCUUUUCACCUCUGGUCAGAACGGGAGCUGCUGCUACUGCGGCCGGUCCUCCAUUAACCUUUUUACUGGAAUGUAAAAGUCUUGAAGAAGGUCAAUGAAUGAGGGAUGUUGAUGAACGAGAAAGAAGGAAAAAAAGGUGAACCAUUUUAAAGCAGAAAAAAAAUGACAACCGUGAAACAAAAAACUACUAUAUGCUGUUGUCUGUGCAUGUGCUGCCAAACUAUAUUGCUGCAACAAGGAGCACAAUUUCCAUGUUAUACUCAAAAGUCUAUCAAGUAUUACUAAUGUUUCGUCUGAGAGAACCUCGAAGCUCAUGAACUUCCUCCUCACUCGCCUAACCGAACGGUGACGAGACGCACCAAGCAAGCAGGGAAAAGAUGAACCAGGGGAAUGUAGUUCACACGCUUAAACCCUGGUGUCCGUUUGUUCAAAAAUAAUAAUUAUUGUACUGAAAGCAGUGUGUAAUUUAAGAUAUGUUGAGAUAACUAAUCAAAUAAGUCAAAUAUUAUGAAAUACCGUAUAAUGUAUUGUCUAUAGAGUAUUGUAGUCUUAAAAAAUGCAUAAUGAUUUUUUGUAAGAAAAAGUACAAAAUCCCAAAAAGCAGGAUACAACCAAUAAAAACGCUCCAACCAGCCUAUGGUUCAGUAGAUCUUCUUCCUCUCCAGGCAGCCAGUGCUUUAGAAGAGCAUUUUUGUUUGUGGUUUUGUCAUCCAUGUGUCCACUAUAAGCCUGUAAAUACUUUGCCAUAGCACCAUCGUGUCAACUUUUGGAUCGAUGUUCCCAAGACUAGAGCGAAGCAGAAAACCAUUUAGCUGCUCCACAAGCCCUUCCAUUAUCUGCACAAGUCAUGCAUACAGAAAGAUAAAUAAAAGUUUACACACAC